ACACUGUAUACUCUCAUGGAAGGCGCUUGGUUCUUAGCGCUAGCACUGCUCAUCCUCCUCUGGUGGUCUCGCAAUCUUCGAGCGCGUCUCAAGCUUCCUCCAGGACCAUUCCCCUGGCCGAUCGUCGGCUCCCUCUUCAUCGUCAAGGAGCCUCUCCCCAUCUUCUUCGCGGAGCUCGGCCGAAAGUAUGGCCCCGUCGUCUACUUCAAGCUCGGAAUGGUUCCCACCGUCGCCAUCAACAGUGCCGCGGCCGCGAGAGAGGUGCUCAAGUCCCGCGACUUGGAGUUUGCGUCCCGGCCAGACCUUGGCAACCUCCGGCAGAUCAGCUUCGACUACAAUGAUCUCGGCGUCGCGCCUUACGGGGAGACCUGGAAGCUCAUGAGGCGAGUCUCGGCCACGCAUCUCUUCACGCCCUCCAAGCUCAACACCACCGCUUCCGUCCGGCACCGGGAGGUGAAGGCGAUGAUCAAGAACAUCUUGGACGAGGGGCCGGAAGUCGUAGAUCUCACUGCUGCCACCAAUGCCGCUGUUGUCCAAGGCGUCGUCAACCUUCUCGUCGGCACCGAUGAUAAGAGCCUGGGAAUCGAUGCACGGUCGCUCAAUGGGAUCUUCGAGAAGGCUGGCGAAGAGCUCUUGAAUGUCAACCUCGGGGACCUCUUCCCGUUCCUCAGGCGCUUGGACGUUCAAGGCCUGGAGCGCAAGUUCAAGUACGUGGUGAUGCCGCCGAUCAAGAGCCUGAUGGAGAAGAUCAUCGCGCACCACAAGAGCUCGUCGCGGGAAGUCGAGGACUUUGUCGACGUGCUCGUCAAUCUCAAUGGGGAGGAUGCUCUCACCCACAUCCAGACGAUCGGGCUUCUCAGCGAUUUCUUCAUUGCCGGAAUAAACACGUCCCAAACCUCCAUCGACUUUACACUGGCCGAGCUAGUUCGCCAUCCUGCUAUCCUGUCCAGGGCUCAGAAGGAGAUCGACCAAGUCGUCGGUUCAUCUCGGCUCGUCCAAGAAUCCGACCUUCCAAGCCUGCCUUAUCUUCACGCUGUUAUCAAGGAGAGCUUGAGGUUGCACCCGCCACUCCCACUGCUGCUCCCUCACCACAAUCCCGCUGCUUCUAAGAUCGGCGAGUACGACAUUCCUGCUAAAUCCACCAUCUUCGUCAACGCGUGGGCCAUCGGCCGGGACCCGUCAACCUGGGACAGGCCACUGGAGUUUGUGCCCGAGAGAUUCUUGGAGCGAGAUGUCAAGCUCACUGGAGAUGACUUCUCGUUGCUGCCAUUUGGUGCGGGAAGGAGGACCUGUGCUGGAUACCUGAUGGCCAUGAGGAUGCUUCCGCUCUCAGUCGCCACUGUGAUUCAGGCGUUUGAUCUGGCAACUCUCGAAGGACGAGAGGUUGAUAUGGGCGAGUCAACGGGCGGAGCGACACGCAGAAACAAAAAUCUCAUGGUUUCUGCAACGCCAAGGCUGGCUAAAGAGUUAUACGCUUAGGCAGAGUUGUGUCGUAGAACCAACCUGAAGGCUAAAUGUUUCCACCAGACUUGUAUUCGCCAAUGCCGAGUAGAUCCUGAUCACAGCGAUGUCAAGUCAAUAAAUCACAACAUAGAGAAAAUUUCAGAG